CUGAGCUUGUCAGCAAGGGUUGAACAUAGGCAUCCUGCAGCUUCCAAGAAUGUAGAAAAUGAGAGGAGGGGAAGGAGGGAAGUCGCCGGAGAGGAGGCUGCUUUGUUGUCUUUCUCUCUUCGAUCAGUCUGAGCCCCUGACAAGCGUGGACCAUGGAGUGGCGGGAUUGCAGCCACAGCUGCCGGGGGACCCUGGUCAUGAGGCUCAACCCAUAUCAGUUUCGCUAGAGGAGGAGGAUAGAUUAAAUUGGCAUGUACAGUCAGUAUUGGCUGCCAAGGGGGCACUUAGUCGCUGAUGAAUUAGAUUGAUCUUCUGUCCUCUGCAGUAAUACACUCAAGGAGACAAAAGAACUGAGAAAAACAAACAAUGUUUGCUUUAGCAAAAAUUCUGGCUUGAACAACAGAAUGGAAAGACAGGCUCUCUGUUAUGAAACUAUAGGGCAGCAUCUAUACAUGGAUCCUUGUGCAAAAGCUCGGAUUCUGCUUCAGGGAGCUUUUUUCCUUCAAGAGUGGUUUUCUUUUUUGUAAUCCUGCCUCUGAGAUUCAGCUUCUCGCUUCACCCUUCGUUUUUUGCUUUUUGUGCUACAGCAUGCAGCGUCUUUUGUUUCAGUUAAAUUCAGACCUCUCGAUCUGUCACCUGACAGUCUUGUGGUUCUGGAUGAAUGUGGUUCAUUUCUAUUAUUAACCUGGGUUGGCUGCUGGCCCUCCUCCUGACGGGAGUUCACAGGGAUUCUGAAAAGUGGAGCUUGCUCAAGGAACGAAGAUGCUUCCCAGCUGGCCCUUGCCGGAAUUUGAUCCGAGUCAGAUCCGAUUAAUUGUAUACCAGGACUGUGAAAGGAGGGGCCGAAAUGUCUUGUUUGACUCCAGUGCUAAGAGAAAAACUGAAGAUGCCCCAGUGUCGAAACUCUGCAGUGACGUCCAAGUGAAAGUCUUUGGAAAAUGUUGCCAGCUCAAACCUGGAGGAGACAGUUCCUCCUCUUUGGAUAGUUCAAUCAAUUCUUCUUCUUCUUCUUCAGAAACAAAAGAACAAUGUCAGAAAUUUCAGGGCUCCCGGUGUUCUUCAGAUGCAAAUAUGCUUGGAGAAAUGAUGUUUGGUUCUGUGGCCAUGAGCUACAAGGGCUCAACCUUAAAAAUCCAUCAAAUACGCUCUCCUCCACAACUUAUGCUAAGCAAAGUUUUUACAGCUCGAACUGGAAGUAGCAUCUAUGGAAGUUUAAACACGCUUCAGGACAGUCUUGAGUUCAUUAAUCAGGACAGCAAUACGCUAAAGCCUGACCACAGUACAAUUAUGAAUGGACUGCUUGGAAACAUAGGUUUUUCACAGCUUUGCAGCCCUAGGCGGGCAUUCUCUGAACAAGGUCCGCUCCGCCUGAUCCGGAGCGCCUCUUUCUUUGCAGUUCACAGCAACCCUAUGGACAUGCCUGGGAGGGAGUUGAAUGAAGACAGAGACAGCGGAAUUGCAAGAUCUGCAUCUCUUAGCAGCCUGCUCAUUACUCCAUUUCCUUCUCCGGGCUCUUCACUAAACAGAAGCUGUGCUAGCAGUUACCAACGGCGUUGGCGUCGUAGUCAGACAACAAGCUUGGAGAACGGGGUCUUUCCUAGAUGGUCUGUGGAAGAAAGUUUUAACUUGUCUGAUGACAGCUCUAGCCCAAGCCCAGGAAUUGUCAGGAAAAAGAAGAUAGCGAUUGGUGUGAUAUUCUCACUUUCAAAAGAUGAAGAAGAAAAUAGCAAAUUUAAUGAGUUCUUCUUUUCGCACUUCCCUCUGUUUGAGAGCCAUAUGAACAAACUGAAGAGUGCUAUAGAGCAGGCUAUGAAAAUGAGUCGUCGAUCAGCUGAUGCCAGCCAACGGAGUUUGGCAUAUAACAGGAUUGUAGAGGCCUUAAACGAAUUCAGAACAACAAUUUGUAAUCUUUACACCAUGCCACGGAUUGCAGAUCCUGUUUGGCUUACAAUGAUGUCAGGGAUGCCUGAGAAGAACCAGCUCUGCCAUCGUUUUAUGCAGGAGUUUACUUUCUUAAUGGAACAGGCCUCCAAGAACCAAUUUUUACCCGCUCUUCUAACCGCAAUUUUGACAAAUCAUUUGGCCUGGGUUCCAACAGUCAUGCCAAAUGGCCAGCCACCCAUCAAGAUCUUUCUGGAAAAACAUUCCUCACAGAGUGUGGACAUGUUGGCCAAGAGUCAUCCGUACAAUCCAUUGUGGGCACAGUUAGGAGACUUGUAUGGAGCUAUUGGGUCACCUGUGAGACUAUCAAAAACAAUUGUGGUUGGCAAAAGACAAGAUCUCGUGCAACGGUUGCUUUAUUUCCUCACUUACUUCAUACGAUGCUCUGAGCUGCAAGAGACUCAUCUUCUGGAAAAUGGAGAAGAUGAAGCCAUAGUGAUGCCUGGCACAGUGAUCACCACCACACUAGAGAAGGGGGAAGUUGAGGAGUCCGAAUAUGUGCUAGUUACAGUGCACAAGAACAGAGGCAAUUUGCUCCUUCAAGACCCUGAAGAAGUGAGAACAUCAAACUGCAGCUGUAAAUACUGCAAGUGUCCACUUAACCCUGGUCAAAAUAUAGAGAGUACUUCAGGACAGGAGAUAGAAGAUCCCCAGAACACCCCAAACAUGGAGGCCGACACUACAUCAGAUGAAAGGAGAGCUAGACCUGCUGAUUGCCAAGAAGGCACUGCUGAUGUUAUGGAGUGCAAAGAGUCAUUGAGCUCUUGUCUGGAUAUAAAGUUAGAGAAAGUGGUCUUCACAGGUUCAGCCUCAGUAGAAACUUGUGUACUGGCAGAGUCCAGGUUGGAGCCAACAGGUGGAUCAUGGAGAAGUGAAGAAUCAUUGGAUUCCAAUAAUCAGUCUGUUGAAGCAAUAAGAUCAUCAGGUGCAGCGGUUGAGAAGAAGCCACCGGAUAAAAUCUCAUCUGAUGCAAUUCCUUGCAGUACGGCUGAGGCUUCAACAAAGGUGACUUUCCUCAUUGGAGAUUCCAUGUCACCUGAUUCCGAUAUUGAGGUCCGAAGUCAAGUGGUAGUGGAACAAAUGGCCAGGCACAACAACCUGCUGGAACCUGAGGAAGCGGGGACUGCUGAUCAGAACUGUGAAGUAAGACAGUCCCUUGAGGACCAAAAAGGAAGUUGGAAUACACCUGAAGUGUUUCCUCAGGCUGCCAGUGAGCUUCAGAAUUGGAAUCCUUAUGUUGUAGAAAAUAUGAGUCUGCAUGAUGAAUAUUUUCCUGAGGAGGGUUCAGUUGAAACACAGACUAUUGAUAGUAUUCCAGUGAAAGUAACAACAGUCAUUCUAGAUCCCAGCAGUAGUUUAGAAUUUCCCCAAAAACUGUGUACAAAGAACAACAAGCCCCCCAGUGAGUUUUGUAAGUUUAUGGAAUCUGUUCGUCAAGAGACUUGCAAAAACUGUUUUGCAGAGCAGGACCAAAGAGAGAAAAUCUCUAUAUGUAUCCCCCAUGGGGACAAAGAAAACCUUGAAAAAAAGGCUGACCCAGGUGUAGAUUGGGACAUUCCAAGAAAUGAGAGUUCAGAUAGUGCCCUUGGUGACAGUGAAAGUGAAGAUGCAGGUCAUGAUGCAGCCAGGACAAACAGUAACUAUUAUGGGUCAGAGCAAGAAGAAUGGGCAGAAGAAGAAGACAUAUCUUUUCCUGGGUCAAAAUUAAUUGAAGUGAACUCUGUCCAGCCCAGUAUUGCCAAUUUUGGAAGGUCCUUGCUAGGUGGCUACUGCUCAUCUUACGUCCCUGACUUUGUUUUGCAAGGAGUAGGAAAUGAUGAGAAACUGAGACACUGUUUGAUGUCAGAUUUGUCGCAUGCUGUGCAGCACCCUGUUCUUGAUGAACCAAUUGCAGAAGCCGUCUGCAUUAUCGCAGACACAGAUAAAUGGACAGUGCAAGUGGCCAGUAGUCAGAGGCGGAUGAUCGAUAAUAAACUUGGGAAAGAUGUACUAGUCUCUAACCUUGUCUCAAACCUGCUUCAUUCCACUCUUCAGCUUUAUAAGCAUAAUUUAUCUCCAAAUUUUUGUGUCAUGCACCUGGAAGAUCGGUUGCAGGAACUGUAUUUCAAGAGCAAAAUGUUGUCUGAAUAUCUCAAAGGACAGAUGCGAGUUCAUGUGAAGGAACUGGGAGUGGUACUGGGGAUUGAAUCCAGUGACCUCCCUUUACUGGCAGCUGUAGCAAGCACUCAUUCUCCAUAUGUUGCCCAGAUUCUGCUCUAAAAUACCAAAGGGCACAAGACAAUAAUGUUCUUUUUCACUAAAAUGAAAGACAAGGAAGCAGACAUGGACCACUCUUGUCCAGGCUCCUUCUUGCCCGCAGGCAAACGAACUGAACAGCUUACUGAGCUGACUGUGUGCCUCUGCAACUGAAUAUGUAUUGUGCAAACAAACUGAAUCUCCCCUCCCUCCUUUCUUGGCCAUUCAUGUUUUUACAUAAAAGAAAGAAAGAAAGAAGAUAAAAAUUAGACCAGAGAGUCGCCAGUAGAGAAGACACUAGAGCUUGGAGGAUUAUAAAUCGCUUGGGCAGUAACUGCCCAAAGGGAUACAACUACAUGCUGUUAAAAUAGAAGAUUAUGAGGAGGAAGAACUGCUUCAUAACCCUGCACAGUGUUGUUAAAGAGUGGAACCAUCUGGCUACUUGAUACCAAUUAGGAGAGCAUUUAAAAUAAAUAAUGAUCAAGCAAUAGUUAUUUGUAAUGUUUUUGACUAUUUGUUGAGAAGUUAAAUGUUGAAGAUCUUUUAUUGGGGGAGAAAAAGCCAAUUAAAAGACAGAUGGGGGUAGGAAAGGUAGCCUACUAAUAACACUUGACUUAAAUAUAUUUGUAGCUGUUUUCCAUGAAAAUGAAGCCUGAAAGUACAAGCCAAAAACCAUGGUUUGACUUCCCCUUAUGGUUCCGGGUGUAACUGAUAUCAUACUUUUGAUGCUGAUACUGUUGUUUAAGGAUGCCAGAGACUGAGCAAAAUUUGGACUGGAAAAAAGGAUAUUGAUUGAAAUUUGUGUGAAAUAAUAUUUUAUUACAGUUGCCUUUUUGAAUGAUUCGUAAGAAUGUUUUUCACCACAAUUGUGUCCUGUUUUGGUGCAAUUGAGAAAAAGUCCACUAAGUCCCUUUGAAUCUAGGAAAUGCACAUGCAUUCUUAAACUGCACAUAUAAGUCACAUUGGCUCCAGCAGGACUUAUACACAUCCAUAUUUUUUAAAAUUUGAGCCAUUUAAUUUUUACAGAUUUCAGGCAGUUUGUAUGAAACAGAGCGAGCUUAUGCCAAAAUAAACAGAAUUGGAGUAGAGAUGAGAACUGAAAAUAUUUCUCUUAAUUACUCAGGUAAAUUAUGAAGACUGAAGUUGGGUCUGCUUUCAUACCAUUGUUCAACAAUUGUAUUGACAACGUUUAAGAUAAGCUGCCUUCAUGAUGCCAGUUUUUCUCUUUGCUAACAAUUGGCUUAAAUGCAAAAAAGAAAAGUGGUACUUAUUCAUGUGUACUUUCCCCUGCCCCUUUUUGCCCAUCUUGGCUUUGUCCUUGAUUAAACAGUAGAAAUAUGGAUUGCUGAUGAGAGACCUAUCAGAGAGCAGUGUGUUCUUCACUGGAAGGCCCAGGAGCCAUUGGGGGUCCCCACGGAGCACUCUUGGGCCCCAGAGCCAGCACGGAAGGUGCAUAUGGAGCACUUGGAAGUGUAGUCCUUUUUCAGUAGUUUCCCUCUCGCAACUACACUUCCAAGUGCUCCAUUUGGACCUUCCAAGAUGGCUGAUGCUGGGGCUUGGUAGGGCUCUGUUGGUCCCAAAGCCCUGCUCCCACAGUGCUGGGGAGAGCACCGCACUCGCAGAGGUCUGCACAGAGGGAAAUGGCUCUCACACUGAAUGGUUUUUGCCCAAGUGGCUCCUGCUUUUAAAAUAUUGAUGAUCACUGCGAUCGGGAAUUGAUGGUGUUUUGAUCAGGCUUUACUACCUCAGUUUAAACAAUGGGGCACUACUCAUUGCACUUAGUAUCUAGUCAAACAUUCAUUAGUUUGUAGAGGUUAGAAUUUUAUAAAUCAUUUCAUUUGAAUAUCAAAGCUAUAUAUUAUCUAAUCAUUAAAAUAACACCAACUAUCCCAUCUAUUUCUCAGGGUUCAUAUCGAUUUUUUUUUUCCAGAGAGAGAUUCAUAAAAGUGUACUUGAAUAGUUAGUUGGACUACAAAUAUCUUCCUUCCACAUAGUUACACCUUUACUGGGAACAGAAUACCAGGUGUGGUGAAAUGUGAUUCCCCCCACCCUGAUAGCAGCACCAUUGUGUUACAUACAACUGUCACACCAUUGGAAAAUGCUUGUGCUCUAAUGACCGGAGAACGUUCACACUUUUGCAUUUUUGGCCUUUAAAAAAUGUUUGGCUUUAUGUACUACUUUGGUUUACUGCACGAGUCCUUAUGCACUUUUUUUUUAAAAGGAAAACUUGACCAAGGUUACCCUAUCAUCAGCAGAGCAUCACCACUUUCUUUGUAAUUGUGUUUCUAUGACGAAUAUUUACUACUCUUUCCACUUGCCUCCUAUGAAGUACUUGUCUUCUGUUUGUUGGUAGGCUUAAGAAGCUAGACAGGCUUUUCUGCAGAAGGAGGGCUACCUCCUCCUGCCCCCAUUUCCCAAAGGUCUCCUCCCCAUCCCCCAUUUCUCCAUUGCACUUGAACAGUUGUCAUGCUGUCAUUUGCAGGACUGGCGUUUGUGUGGUUGUGAUCAUAUCAGACAACUGCCAAUUUAAAAAUCUAUCUAUCUAUCUAUCUAUCUAUCUAUCUAUCUAUCUAUCUAUCUAUCUAUCUAUCUAUCUAUCUAUCUAUCUAUCAGCAUUGUCACAAGCCCUGAGGAUUAUCAAGAAUUCAGCAUGCGGUCUGAUGUGUUUUUUCUUGUUACAAAUGCAGAUCUGUGGCUGUAGCCGUCUAAUACUUUCCACAACACCUGUCUCAUUGCAGAGGGAUUCCGUUGGUUUAAAAAAAAAAAAAAAAACCCUUUGCAAAUCAGGCCAUUUAUCUGGCUAGCAAAUAUCAAAACAUUAGAUUCAAUAAGAAAACUCUGAUUUCACUGCAUAUACAAUUCCCCAGCUGCCACAAUCAGCUUUUCAGUUAAAUGGUUGUAAAGCUGCUUUGUUGCAAUUGAAUUUUUAUCAUGCAUGGGAUUGCAGCAGGCAUGACCAAGAGCCACAUAUGUAUGGGACUCUGCUGCCAUCUAUGUCAAAGAGCUAUCCAUUUGUAAGCAGUUGGUGAUCUCUUUGCUUCUCUAGCUAGUUGUUUGAAAAAGUAGCCCUUCUGGAUUGUGGAGAUGUGCUUCAGUAACAUAUUGUUCUGUCUUAAACUCAGGAUUCUGUUUUGACAAAGGGAAUUUAUAUGUCCAGAUUUCCUUCCAUGUGAUUAUCCUUAAAUGUCAGAGAUGUACUGUGUUUAACAAAACAAAACAAAUUUGAAUAACUAAAGUCCCUUUUAUAGAAAAAAGCUAACAUGGUUACUGUAGAAAGAAAUCCUUGCCACUAAAGCACUUCUAAAUACACAGUGGAUCAUGUUUGGAUCUAAAAUAGGAAUGUUAUUCUUUUAAAAAAUAUAGUGGCUGACUUAUAGAUUCACUCUGUCAUCACAUGAGGGGGUUAAGUGGGAUGAUUUUCUACAAUCCUCCUUUCCCUCUGAAAUCCACAGUGUCUCUUUAAAAUAAGUCCCUAAGGGCUGCAAAACCCUCAGGGACAUAUUUUGAGGAGGCACCGUGGAGAUCCUUGAAAAUAACUGCACUUCAGCAGGGGGGGAUCACACCCACUUUAGGAGACACAUCUUUAAAUAUGGGUCAACCCCACUCAUGUAAAGCUUGGAGGUCCAGUUUAAAGAGCACUCUCCCCAACCCCCUGCUUUUAUACCAUAGCUGGGGACCAGUUCUGAAGAAAAGCACCUAUGACGGGUUUCAUGCUACACAUGUGCAAAUUCCUUUGGCCAUUUAAACUGCACACCCUACUUUACACAUAAGUGGAUAGAUCCACAUUUAAAGACAUGCAUCUGCUUUUCUCGUAUAUAGUUCUGUCCUAAGAUGAUGCACUUUGCCAGUUUGCCUUUCAUUUUCCAAAUUAAAUAUAUGUUCAAAACAUAUAUAUAUGCACCAUAGUAGUCUUCUUGCUUUGGCUUGGUAUGAUUGUUCUAUAGAUUGUAGCUUCGCACCCUGCCCUUGCAGCUGUGUCAUGCAGAGAGGGGCACACGUCCUGUACAGUACAAUUGGGUGGGGACUGCACUGCUAUGAUGGUGAUGUAGAUAAAAGGUGCUCCCUUAUCCUGAGUCAAACCAUUGUCCCAUCUAACCUUUUUCUUCUGACUAGCAGCAGCACUCCUAAGCUCAGUCUUGGGCAGAGGUCUUUCCCAUCUCUACUACCUGAACUAUUUAGUAAUACUGCCAGAUAUGGAAUCUUUGGCAUUCUACAGGCAUAAUGCUCUCUCCUACAGAGCUAUGGCUCUCUCCAUGCUUACUACCGAAGAUCAGGCAUUGCACUGAUGUUGCUUCUUUCCAUGAUGAUCAAAAAUAUUUAUGAAGGCAUGUAGGUAAGACAUGUUUGUCCUCAUUCCACCUAUUCCUCAUCAUUUUCUGUACUAUUUGAUAGAUUUGUGCAUGGCUGCCAUGGCAUUCAGAGGAUGGUGUGGCUAAUGCAAAAUCUCCAUUCAAAACAGCUGUGCCAAUGCAACUUAGUAGGUAAACUCACAACAUCUUGAGUUACUUCCCCCCCUCCCCAAGGUCUGACAUUGUUCCAGUGCAGUAGUCCUUGUGCCCUGUCCUGUGGUGCAUAAAAUCAGUAAGGAAAUGUGGGUACCAUCAGUUAUCCAAGCAGUAAUCAAUCUUGCCAUAGAUGUAGUUUCUCCAAUGUCUCCAAAACAGGUAAUCAGACACCACUAUCUAUUUACCACCCAUAACUGGGCUCAUUUUAGGAUUGAUGAUGAUGUUGAUGGAAAUCUCUUUUUUUAAUGCUCAUCCUAAUGGUAUUUCUGGAAUGGUUACUGUGCAAAAGAUAUUGUAGCAUGAUGGCAUGCUUUCCUGUGACUGAUACUUGUUUAUGGUACAUGAAAAAUUGUGGUACACAUACACCUGUUUGUUUUUAAAGGGAACUAUAACAGCACUGUAGUGUUGACCUCUUAAUGUAUCAUGCUUUUCUGAACAAUGUAUAUACAAAACUAAUCUUUUUGAUUUUGCAAUAUUUCCAACAUCCAUUAAUAUGUCUUAAUUUUAAGGCUGAAAACAUUUAAGUAUAUUACACAUACAUACUAGCAGAUUUGUUUCCACCACAACUGGCAAAUGCAAGGCACGGGGGAAAGAAAGCAAAUGAGAGGGGAAAAGUCCCCUGAGCAAGAUUUAAAAUAUUGCUUUAAAAAAAAACCUUUUAGUUAAGAAAGAUGCUUCAUGAGGGUUUUGUUUGUUAUGUUUCCAUUCUCCUCUAAAUUAUUUAGAUGGUGGUAUGUGUAAUAUGCUGAGCAAAAUGUACAUAUUUGUUAUCUUUCUCUUUUUUGUAUAUAUUUCCCAAGAUGUGCACUUGUAUUAUAAUAACCAUUCCCAAUUUUAGGGGAACUUUGUGCAAUAAAUACAACAUUGUCCAUUUAA